AUGGCCCCCGCAAACCCAACACCUUCCCUCUCAAACAGGAAAAACGAAAGCAAGAAGCAGGGCAUGAUGCAGCAGACCACCACGCAGACGGAAAAGGAAGAAGAAGAAGAAGAAGAAGAGGAAGAAGAUGAUGACAAACAACAAGAAAAACGAAAGCAAGAAGCAGGGCAUGAUGCAGCAGACCACCACGCAGACGGAAAAGGGACGAAGAAGAAGAAGAAGAAGAGGAAGAAGAUGAUGACAAACAACAAGACGUCCACUUCCUCGUCUUCCUCCUCUUCCUCCUACACCAUCAACCAAGAGAAGGACACGGAAGAGGGCAAAAACCAGCACGAAAAACGAAAGCAAGAAGCAGGGCAUGAUGCAGCAGACCACCACGCAGACGGAAAAGGGAAGAAGAAGAAGAAGAAGAGGAAGAAGAUUAUGACAAACAACAAAAAGAGGAGGAGGAUGACAACGCAAGAGAAGGGGAUGACGCACAAGAAGACGGAGGGGGAGAUGCAAAAGAAUAGGAUGAUGGAGAACAACUCACAAGAGGACUCUCCCUAUCAGAAGAAGCGGAUGGCUAAGAACAAGGGUGUGAUGAGGAAAAAUGUGAAACACGAGAGGAGGAGGAUGACGAUGCAAAACAAGAGGACAACGUAG